AUGAGUCUGAUGGAGAAUAAUACCGAUGUUACACAGUUUCUCCUGCUGGGACUCACUGAUGACCCAGGCCUACAGUUUCCCCUUUUCAUUACAUUUCUCCUCAUCUAUACCAUCACCCUGGUGGGAAAUCUGGGGAUGAUUCUGCUGAUUGUCCUGGACUCUCGUCUUCAUACUCCUAUGUACUUUUUUCUAGGUAAUCUGUCCUUGGUUGAUUUUUGUUACUCCUCAGCUGUCACACCCACAGUCAUGACUGGGCUAAUAGGAGAGAAGAUCAUUUCCUACAAUGACUGUGCUGCUCAGAUGUUCUUUUUUGUAGCCUUUGCUACUGUGGAAAAUUACCUGUUGGCCUCAAUGGCCUAUGAUCGUUAUGCAGCAGUGUGCAAGCCCUUGCACUAUGCCACCACCAUGACUGCAAAUGUGUGCAUCUGUCUUUGUAUAGGUUCCUAUACCUGUGGUUUUUUGAAUGCCUCCAUCCACAUUGGGGACACUUUCAGUCUUUCCUUCUGUAGGUCUAAUGUAGUGCAUCACUUCUUCUGUGAUAUUCCAGCAGUCAUGGUUCUCUCUUGCUCUGACAGACAUGUUAGUGAGCUGGUUCUUGUUUAUGUAGUAAGCUUCAAUAUCUUUUUUGCUCUCUCAGUUAUCUGGAUAUCCUAUAUAUUCAUUUUUAUUACAAUCUGUAAAAUGCACUCAAGUUCUGGAUAUCGAAAGGCUAUAUCCACUUGUGCCUCACACUUCAUUGCGGUAUCAAUUUUUUAUGGGACGAUCAUAUUCAUGUACUUGCAGCCCAGCUCCAGUCAUUCCAUGGACACUGACAAAAUUGCCUCUGUGUUCUAUACCAUGAUCAUCCCCAUGCUGAAUCCUCUGGUCUAUAGCAUGCGGAACAAAGAAGUCAAGAGUGCAUUCACAAAAGUUUUGCAGGUGGCAAAAUAG